AAUCAUUUCUACCUCUAACCGGAAGUAAACAGGAAGUAAAGAGUAAAACUCAGUGAAAGUGCAGCUUCUGGCCACGCAGGACAGAUCAGAUCAUCUCAACAAUAAUGCCACUAACGGUUCUGACUUCUGCCUGCAGACUGAAGCCUCUUUACAGACUGCAGCGAAUCCAGGCUCACAUGAUGUCGAGUCACGUGGAACCGGAGGUUCUCCUGGAGAAAGCGGGCAGAGCCGCUUUGAUCACAAUGAACAGACCCAAAGUUCUCAACGCCCUCAACCUGAGUAUGAUCCGCCAGAUCUACCCUCAGCUCAAGAAGUGGGAAAAUGACUCUGAGACGGACAUUGUGGUCAUCAAAGCAGCAGGUGGGAAAGCUUUCUGUGCUGGAGGAGACAUCAGAGCGGUCACAGAAGCAGGAAAGGUCGGGAAUUCCCUGGCGCAGGACUUUUUUCGUGAAGAAUAUAUUCUGAACAACGCUAUAGGGUCCUGCAGGAAGCCGUAUGUGGCCAUUAUUGAUGGAAUAACAAUGGGAGGGGGUGUUGGUCUGUCAGUUCAUGGACGGUUCCGGGUCGCCACUGAGAAGACGCUGUUCGCCAUGCCUGAAACCGCCAUCGGGCUUUUCCCUGAUGUAGGAGGUGGCUAUUUCCUGCCGAGGCUCCGGGGGAAGUUGGGACUGUUCCUCGCCUUGACGGGCUUCCGACUGAGGGGACGUGAUGUUCAGCGAGCCGGAGUCGCCACUCACUUUGUAGAAUCUAAGAAGAUCCCAGAACUGGAGAAGGAGCUUGUGGACCUGAAGUCUCCAUCUGACACGGAUGUUUCCAGACUCCUGCAGUCCUUCCAGAAGCAGAGUGAUCUGGACUCUGACAAACCUUUCGUUUUGGACAAACAUAUUUCUGAUAUUGACAGGCUCUUCGGCUCCAGCAGCGUGGAGGGAAUCAUGCAGAACCUGAAGGCAGACGGUUCAGAGUUUGCUAGGAAACAAGCUGAGACUCUGUCCAAAAUGUCUCCCACAUCCCUGAAGAUCACCUUCAGACAGCUGCAGGAGGGCGCCACCCUGAGCCUGCAGGACGUGCUGGUGAUGGAGUAUCGGCUGAGCCAGGCCUGCAUGAGAGGCCACGACUUCUAUGAGGGCGUCCGGGCAGUUCUGAUCGACAGAGACCAGAAUCCCCGGUGGAAUCCGUCAACGCUGGAGGAAGUUUCCGACCAGCUUGUGGACGAGUGCUUCGGCUCGCUGGGGGAGAAGGACCUGACUUUCUGAUGUCUGCCAGCAGCAGCUUCCAGCCACUCAGGCCUUGUCUAAACAGACGCUUCCUGCUCACUCAUCCUUUCAUGGUCAGGCGUUCAGAGGACUGUGCUGCAGAGAGCCUGUUGCUGAAGAUCUUCACUGGAGAUGUUCAGCAGGAAAUUUAGAUCAUUUCCCUGCAGAGGAGAAAAACACAAUCAAAUUCAUGGUUUGCAGACAGAAGUUAGGAGCGACCCUAACAGACGAGCUUCUCUAAAUGUUUGGUGUAAGUGGAGUGUUUUCCUGCGAAUUCAAGGACCCGACAGCGGCGCUGCAUUACCACCAGGACGGGGGAGGGAGAAUGAUCUCACCAUUGAGUGCUUUAGGACAUUUCCUGUGGGUGUUUGUUGAUGUGACUCGGAUCAGUAUCAUCUGUUUUUCUGUUUCUGUCUCCAGCUCGAACACAGACAGUAAUGUUGCCACCUGAGUUUUUUUGGUUGUUUUUAACACAUUUAGUAAUAAAGUAGCAGCAGGAUUUAUUAGUGAAAAACAUCAAAUAUAGUUUCAUUAAACUGAAAUCUGUGUUUCUUCUUUUCUUUCUUCUGAUGAACUAAUUUGUUCUGUAGGAAUAAAACCACUUCCCCAAUCA